UCCAAGAUGGCCGAGUCCGUAGGUUCCAUGCAUUUCUCAGCUAAUGGCAAAACAAAUCCCCCAAACCCCUUGGUACCCAAAAUACCGCCAGAGAGUCGACUACAGUCUUCCAAUGAUGUCUACCCUCCACCGCCAAAGAAAGUCCGAAUCGAGGAGAAGAGUUUGAAACACAAUAAAUUGAACGGGGACUUAGUGUGUGCAGGGGAAAAACACAACGGGAAGCAGAGUUAUGGAAGCCCAGCGAAAUGGAGUUUCGGCCCGGCCAAGCCGAGCAACUCCACCGCGCCAGCUCUCACACGAAAGAUCUUCAAGAUCAGCAACUUUCUCGCCUCUCCUGCGAAAGUGAAGAAGCCGAAUGAGAAACGGCACAAGGAAAAGGAGAAGAGUGCUAAAACGCAGAGUUCACUCAUGGAGAAAGUGAACCCUGGGAGUUGCCAUACAAAGACGGAGAACGGUGAAACAGCGUGUGACCACACUGGCAAAGAUGAGCAAGAGAAGAAAAAGGAGAGUGAUAAAGAGAGGGACAGGGAGAAGAACCACCAAGUUAUGGUUGUGAAUAAAAGGGAGAACGGAGAGGUGAAAUCUCCACUGAAAGAAUCAACAGAGAAGCCAAAAGUCAACACGGAGGACGAGCUCCUCUUGAAAAAGCUAAAGAAGAAGAAGAAAAAGAAGCACAAAGACUGCGAGAGGGAAAGACGCAGCCGUCCCAAGAUGUACCACCGCUCCAGUCAGACGGUGUGUUCUGGUGUGUCUGUGGACCUGCGGACCUGCUCAACACACAAGACAGGAUGCCCAGUCCCAGGGCAUGUCAGGGCUGGAGUUUGGCCGUCUGAUCCACGUGGAGCAGCAGGCCAACGGAGGAGCCUCGGUGGCCCACGCCUACUGCCAGCAGCUGGCUUGUCUCUCCCCGGCCGAGAUGCAGCGCUCGCCCAGGAAUUUGUCACCCUGUCAUUCAGCGAGGACCAAGCUGAAGCGGCCCACUACGUCAUGGGCAUCAUCCAUGGAGCGGCCUCCUACCUACCAGACUUUCUGGACUACUUCUCCUACAAGUUCCCCAAUGCGCCGGUCAAGAUGGAGGUGCUGGGGAAGAAGGAUAUAGAGACCACCACCAUGGCCAACUUCCACACUCAGGCUCUGCUAGUGUGA